AUGGGCACCGCGUCGUCUCUCGUGCGGCCCGCGGGCGGGGAGGUGAUUGAGGACACGUACGGCGCGGGCGGCGGUGAGGCUUGCGAGAUCCCGGUGGAGGUGAAGCCCAAGGCCCGCCUGCUGCGCGGCUCGCUCCGCCGGGGCGCUGGGGCCGGGCCCGGGGCGCAGGCGCGCGGCGCGGGCGGCGGCGGGCUGCUGGGGGCCAGCUUCAGGUCCACCGGCUCGUCGCUGCCCGAGCUGGAGUACGCGGCGGCCGAGUGCGAGCGCCUCAGGAAGGAGUACGAGAUCUUCCGGGUCAGCAAGACCCAGGAGCUGCUGUCCAUGGGCCGCCGCGAGGCCAAGCUGGACACGGAGAACAAGCGGCUGCGGGCCGAGCUGCAGGCACUUCAGAAAACUUACCAGAAGAUACUUCGAGAAAAAGAAAGUGCUUUGGAAGCAAAAUACCAAGCAAUGGAGAGAGCAGCUACAUUUGAACAUGACAGAGAUAAAGUUAAAAGGCAAUUCAAGAUUUUUAGGGAAACCAAAGAAAACGAAAUUCAAGACUUACUAAGAGCCAAGCGAGAGCUGGAGAGCAAACUUCAGAGGUUGCAGGCUCAGGGGAUCCAGGUGUUUGAUCCUGGGGAGUCUGAUUCGGAUGACAACUGUACAGAUGUUACUGCUGCUGGGACCCAGUGUGAGUACUGGACUGGCGGAGCCUUGGGGAGUGAGCCCUCCCUAGGAAGUAUGAUCCAGCUUCAGCAGUCUUUCCGAGGCCCUGAGUUUGCCCAUAGUUCUAUAGAUGUGGAAGGACCCUUUGCAAAUGUCAACAGAGAUGACUGGGAUAUGGCUGUAGCUAGUUUGUUGCAGGUUACUCCCUUGUUUUCACACUCUCUAUGGAGUAACACUGUCAGAUGUUACCUCAUUUAUACAGAGGAGACCCAAGCGGAGAUGGAUCUUUUCCUUAAGGUCUAUUCACCUAAACUUAAAAGAAUGUGUGAGACAAUGGGAUAUUUUUUCCAUGCUGUUUAUUUCCCAGUAGAUGUUGAAAAUCAAUUCCUCACUGUAAGAAAAUGGGAAAUUGAGAAGAGUUCAUUAGUUAUUUUAUUCAUUCACUUAACGUUACCAAGCCUUUUAUUGGAAGACUGUGAAGAAGCUUUUCUGAAAAACCCUGAAGGAAAACCACGAUUAAUUUAUCAUCAUUUGGAAGAGGGGGAAGUCAGUUCUGACUCUGUGCAACAAUUGCUUGAUCAAGUUUCCAACCUAAAGACCAGCAAAGCCAAGAUAAUUGAUCACGUGGGGGAUCCUGCAGAUGGAGUAUAUAAAACUUACAUUUGUGUGGAAAAGAUUAUUAAACAGGACAUCUUAGGCCUUGAGAACACAGACCUGGAGUGUAAGGAUUUGGGCAAUGAAGAGUCCGUUCCAGAAAAAGACGACUUUGGGGAUGUUCUGUGGGACAUACAUGAUGAGCAAGAACAAAUGGAAGCGUUCCAGCAAGCUUCUAAUUCUGCCCACGAGUUGGGAUUUGAGAAAUAUUACCAACGCCUUAAUGAUUUAGUGGCAGCAGCAGCCCCGAUCCCACCCCUUCUGGUGUCCGGAGGCCCCGGUUCUGGAAAGUCCCUUCUUUUAUCAAAGUGGAUUCAGUUACAACAGAAGAAUUCCCCUAACACACUGAUCCUGUCUCAUUUUGUGGGGAGGCCCAUGUCCACCAGCGCAGAAUCUUCCUUGAUUAUUAAACGACUCACUCUGAAGCUGAUGCAGCACUCUUGGUCAGUAUCUGCGAUUACGCUGGAUCCUGCUAAGCUUCUGGAAGAAUUCCCACGUUGGUUAGAAAAACUCUCUGCUCGUCAUCAAGGCAGCAUCAUCAUCAUCAUUGAUUCUAUAGAUCAAGUGCAGCAAGUUGAAAAACACAUGAAAUGGCUGAUAGAUCCUCUGCCAGUGAAUGUGAGAGUAAUUGUUUCUGUGAAUGUAGAAACAUGCCCUCCAGCAUGGAGGUUGUGGCCAACACUUCAUCUUGAUCCUUUAAAUCCAAAAGAUGCAAAAUCUAUUAUAAUUGCAGAAUGCCACUCUGCAGACAUUAAAUUGAAUAAAGAGCAGGAGAAGCAGCUGGAACGACACUGUCGUUCGGCUACAACCUGCAAUGCCCUUUAUGUCACGCUCUUCGGCAAAAUGGUUGCACGUGCUGGGAAGGCAGGGAAUUUAGAUAAAACCCUUCACCAGUGUUUCCAGUGUCAAGAUACUGCUUCGUUGUACCGGCUUGUUCUGCACUCCGUCUGGGAGUCCAUGGCAAAUGAUGGGGAUAGGGAACUAAUGAAACAGAUUCUCUGCCUCGUCAAUGUUAGUCACAAUGGUGUGAGUGAAUCAGAGCUGAUGGAACUCUACCCUGAAUUAUCCUGGGCUGUCUUGACCUCUCUUAUUCACAGUUUAUACAAAAUGUGUUUGAUAACUUAUGGUUGUGGCUUGCUCAGGUUUCAGAAUCUACAGGCCUGGGAAGCGGUGAGGCUGGAGUACCUGGCAGGGCCCACGCUUACUUCUUCAUAUAGGCAGAAGCUGAUCAACUACUUCACCUUGCAGCUCAGUCAGGACAGGGUCACCUGGAGAAGCGCAGACGAGCUCCUGUGGCUUCUUCAGCAGCAGGGGAAUAAGCAGCAGUUACACGAUGGCCUGCUCAACCUCCUCGUGUCUCAGAAUCUUUAUAAGAGAGGACACUUUGCUGAGUUGCUGAGUUAUUGGCAGUUUGUUGGCAAAGACAAAAGCGCGAUGGCAGCAGAAUACUUUGAGUCAUUGAAGCGGUAUGAGAAAAACUGUGAUGGCGAGGAGAACAUGAUUUGCUUAGCUGAUCUUUAUGAAACCCUGGGGCGGUUUCUCAAGGACCUAGGCCUCCUCAGCCAGGUAAGUGGAAGUCAGGAGACAGGGUGGGCUUUUACUGGCUGCUCAUCCCCCUUCCCAGGAGGUAAUGCUGCUUGCCUGUGUCGUGCUAAGAGCUGUACAGCACUUCCCUCACUUUCAUUGGCCUUUCACCUGUCUCCCCAGGCUGUAGUACCUCUGCAGAGGUCUCUAGAAAUUCGCGAAACAGCUUUAGAUCCAGAUCACCCGAGAGUAGCUCAGUCCCUCCACCAACUAGCAAGUGUGUAUGUGCAGUGGAAGAAGUUUGGCAAUGCAGAGCAGCUGUACAAACAGGCCCUGGAAAUCUCGGAAAACGCCUAUGGUGCAGACCAUCCACGCACUGCCCGGGAACUGGAGGCACUUGCGACUUUGUACCAGAAACAGAAUAAAUAUGAACAAGCUGAACAUUUUAGGAAAAAAUCCUUUAAAAUUCGUCAGAAAGCUACAAGGAGAAAAGGCAACCUGUACGGAUUCGCCCUUGUGCGUCGGCGGGCCCUGCAACUGGAAGAGUUGACUCUGGGUAAGGACACGCCCGAUAACGCGCGGACCCUCAAUGAACUGGGUGUGCUGUACUAUCUGCAGAACAACCUGGAGACAGCUGAGCAGUUUCUGAAGCGGUCCUUGGAAAUGCGGGAGCGCGUUCUAGGGCCGGAUCACCCCGACUGCGCCCAGUCCCUCAAUAACUUGGCGGCUCUGUGCAAUGAAAAGAAACAGUAUGAGAAGGCGGAGGAGCUUUACGAGAGGGCGCUGGACAUCCGGAGGCGAGCGCUGGCUCCUGACCACCCUUCUCUGGCCUACACCGUGAAGCAUCUUGCAAUCUUGUAUAAAAAAAUGGGAAAACUGGACAAAGCUGUACCUUUGUAUGAAUUGGCUGUUGAAAUUCGACAGAAAUCUUUUGGUCCUAAGCACCCUAGUGUAGCCACUGCCUUGGUGAACUUAGCAGUUCUUUACAGCCAAAUGAAAAGACACAAGGAAGCCUUGCCAUUAUACGAAAGAGCGUUAAAGAUCUAUGAAGAUAGCUUGGGUCGGAUGCAUCCUCGAGUUGGAGAAACAUUAAAAAAUUUAGCUGUGCUUAGCUAUGAAGAAGGGGAUUUCGAAAAAGCUGCUGAGCUCUACAAACGGGCUAUGGAAAUAAAAGAAGCAGAAACAUCACUCUUGGGUGGAAAAGCUCCUUCGCGACAUUCGUCGAGUGGAGACACCCUCAGCUUAAAAACAGCUCACUCGCCUCACGUUUUCAUCCAUCAAGGCCAGAAGUAACGGCAGAAAUCACAGCCCUUUGCAAAUGUAACUUAGGAUGAAAAAAACAUUUGGCACAUUGUAAAACAAAAAUGUCAACAGUAUUUAUUUGUGCUAGUGACUUUGUGUGAAAUUGCACGGGACUCUGUGUUAAGCGUGAGUUGGGUUUGUGUCUGACUUCCCUACUGUGUGAGAUCCAAGGACGCAGACGCUAGCCCCGCAUGCUGACCAGCAGUGAGGCGUGAGGCCUGAGGCCUGCAUCUCUCGCUGCGCAGUUUCACACGGAGUCAGAAUCCAUGCACGGCUCCUCAAGCUCCUUUAGCCACGUCUUUGUUUCUCAGCAGUAGUCUGACACAAUUCUCUACCUCAAAGAGUUUCAAGGAUUUAAAGAGAGAAUGUUUAGGAAGGUGUGAAUUGUUUUCAGUGAAAUAAAUUGCUCAUGGCAUUCGGGAUUGCUUUUUUUUUUUAUUCUGUCAACAGAUGAAGAUCAACUCUGCUUUCUGUGCUCACUGUGCAUGCACUGGCCCAGCCCCACAGACAACAGCCACACCAGGGCAGGCUCUAUAGAUUUGACCUGUCCCAAAAUAUGGACCUAACAUUCUCCUCCACUCUCUUAAGUGGCCUAAAUCUGUCUCCUUUACCUCAAACUCAAAUUAGUCUGGUACUUUUAUAUUGAAAGCUAAAUAUUUUUUACAGUUGUAUAAGUAUUGCCACAGUUUGGAUACUGUUUUAUACCUUUUAUAUUAUUUAUACAUAAAAUCAAUGUUAAUAUGUGUAAGAUUUCAACAUGUAUUAUAAAGAUGAAAGAUGUAAUAACUAUACUUUGCUAUUUAAAAUAAAGUGC